AGAGAAAGCCGCGGCCAGGGCACCGGCGGCGGCACCUGCAUUACGCAGGUGGGACAGCAGCUCUUCCAGUCCUUCUCCUCCACGCUGGUGCUGAUUGUGCUGGUCACCCUCAUCUUCUGCCUCAUCGUGCUGUCCCUCUCCACCUUCCACAUCCACAAGCGAAGGAUGAAGAAGCGGAAGAUGCAGAGGGCUCAGGAGGAAUACGAGCGGGAUCACUGCAGCGGCAACCGCGGGGGCAGAGAGGCCCCGGCCAGUGGCCAGGCCCCAACCCACGCAAAAGAAACCCGGCUGGGGAGGCAGCCCCAGGACUCCGCCUUCUGCGACCCCUCCAAGGCCUCCUCCUCCUCCUCCUCCUCUUCCUCCUCCUCCUCUUCCUCCUCCACCCCAGGCCUCCCAUGCCAGGGUCCCUAUGCUCCUCCACCUCCGCCGCCUGUCCCCAGUCCACAAGGAGCACAUGCCACCUCCUCCUGUUUGGACACAGCUGGCGAGGCCCUUUUGCAAACGGUGGUACUGUCCUGAUUGUCCAGCCCCUCUCCUCCCUCUUCCUGUCUCCAGCAUCAUUGCAGCCCUCGCUGUUCCCCUCAGUCCCCCCUCUCACUUUCUCUGACCUCUCCCUGUCCUUCUUUCCUUGUUUGCCCUCCCCUUACUAUUUCUCCUCCGCCGAGGCACUGUGUGGUAUUUGUAAAUAUUGGGUAAGGAAAGUCUCGGAAGAAGAAAUAACGCUGAUAAGAAUACUUUAUUAUUAAUAUUUAUAGUAAUUAUUAUAAUACUAAUAACACAAUCCAAGCGCAUGACAAAUCACGUAAUUUCUCAUUGUCAAGGAAGGAUGCGUCUUCCCUCUCCACUCUGCGCCCCCCACAAUAAGGAGGAGAAACCGCACAUGCUACCAAAUACUUAACAGGUAUUAACCCGGAGCAAAGAGUGGAGGGGCCCAGUGUGUUGUACAUAGCUGUCAGGUUAAGGUUCCCCUACCCUCCGCCCCCCAAGCUUUCACUUUCUUGUCAGCUUCCCUCCCUUCCUCAUUCCCUCCCUCAGCCAGGCUCAGGCAAUAGUAUAUGAUGAAGAAAACGUCUACAUUAAGCGCCAGGACUACCAGAGGCCGCAGAGACAGUCCCAGAAAAACGUUAUGACAGGUACUGCUCUCCAGUCAUUCCUCUUCUCACUUCUUAGUUAACCAUUCCCUUUUCCAGGACCAGGCAUUUUAAUUUACUUUUAGAUAUGCCCCUCGCUGGCCGAGAAUAAGUACAUUAAAAAUCUUUAAAUUAGUUUUUAAAAAUGUAACUGCUUUAGCUCUCUUCCCCACCCCCACCUGUACACCUUUGAUUGUGGCAUUUUCAGGAUUCACAAAGGACCCGGGAGCUAUCCAACCAGGUCUGGUGUUGGAGAGCUGUCCAGCCAGGUCUGGUGCUGAAAUAGCCUCACAGAACUGGUUACUUUUUUUGGUUGUGCAGGCGAAGGAGGGUGACUAUUUUUGGAAAGUGACUAUUCUAUUUUUUUUGUUGGUUUCUUUAUUCUUUUUCUACAACCGGGUUUGUGUGUACUAUAGGUUUUCUUAAUAUUUAAUAUUGUAUAAGUUACCUUUUUUGUAAAAAAACAAACAAAACAAAACUAUUAGGUGAUGUUCAGUACUGAAAGUGCAGUAUCUAACCAACCAGAAUGUUUAUGUUUAAUUUUUAGGACAAGUACACCUUUGUUAUAUACAUUUAUUACAUUGGUACCAAAUACAGAAGAAAACUAUAGUUCUGUUAUACAUCCUCCAAACUCUAGAUUCUUGUUCUUAAUUUCCAGCUGUUAGUGUAAUGGUUAUCACUGGAUGAGAAAUUCAGUGGUGCAGUCUGACUUCUGCUGUUUCCAGAAGUGUUCUUUUGUAUCUUACUCUGUAAUAGACUGUUAUAUAAAUAUAACGCAUAUGUUUUUCUUUUGCAAAUAACACAAACAACCACAAUAGAAAAC